CGAGUAUGGCCGACAAAGUUUUGAGGAAGAUGUUGUUACGCCACAGAUCUAGUUUAAUAUCACGAACUUUUAGCUCCUGCAGUCGACGAUGUUCAGGCGAGAGACUACAGUCAAGAUUGAGUCCAGGACAGACAAAAAGUGCUCAGCAUACCAACACAUCUGCUCAGAACUACUUUUCAUGGAUCGGAAAAUCAUCUCCAUGUUUCCAAGUGAAAGGCGAACAGGUUCUUGUCUUGACGGAGCCGACACAGUUUUAUGAAAUUUUGAAAUUGAAGACCAGGAAAGCAAAGGAAAGGAUAACUUUUGCUUCACUUUACCUGGGGACUGGUCAUCUAGAACAGGUCGAAUGUGUUCGAGAAGCAUGUGAGAAUGCUAGGCUUGAAGGAAACACCAACUUUCAGGUGAACAUUUUACUAGAUUUUAAUCGUGGAUCUCGCGGGAGUGACUGCAAUUCGCGGACAAUGCUGUUGCCGCUGUUGGAGGAGUACCCAGAAAUGGUGCACGUUUCACUGUACCACACUCCAGACCUGCGCGGCCUGCUGAAACGUGUGGUACCGGAGCGAUUCAACGAAACCAUUGGCCUCACACACGUCAAAGUGUAUUUGUUUGAUGACAGCUUCAUAGUCAGUGGAGCUAAUUUGAGUGACAGCUACUUCACGAAUCGUCAGGACCGAUACAUUCUUUUCAACAGCUGUAAGCAGCUGGCAGAUUUCUUCCAUCAGUUAGUCGAAACAGUAUCCACAUUUUCAUUUCAACUUGGCAGCAACAACUCAAUUUCAUUAUGCAGGGACUGGAACAUCCACCCAUAUAAAGACAGUGAUGACGGGACAAGGUUCAAAUGGUCUGCACGACAGAAAAUACAAGAUGUUAUUAGUAGAACGUUUCAGACACAAGUUAAUUUAAAAGAGAAUUCAGAUGAACUCUCAGCAAACGAAGACAGCUCAGAACCUGACAGUGCCACAAACAGUUCUGAGUAUGACACAUGGAUAUAUCCUUUGAUACAGAUGGGACCUCUAGGAAUAUCACAUGAUGAGUUUGUGACCUUGACCUUGUUAAGAAAAGCAGCAGCCAGGGAUGUGAUUCUGUUGUCAUCCGGAUACUUUAAUCUGACGGACCACUACAUGCAUGUUAUACUGGAGGAAUCACUCGCAAAAUAUCGAAUUCUCAUGGCAUCCCCAGAGGUAAAUGGCUUUUUCAAAGCACGUGGUAUUGCGGGAUAUGUACCUCACGUGUAUAUUUACAUUGCACGGCAGUUCUAUCGAAGGAUAGUUCACAGUGGUCAGAACAGGAGGCUUCAGCUCUUUGAGUAUUUCCGCGACAAGUGGACGUUUCACGUCAAAGGCUUGUGGUACUACUUACCCAACAACAAUCUUCCUAGCAUGACAAUGAUUGGAUCUACAAAUUUUGGUUACAGGUCUGUUUACAGAGAUCUCGAGUGUCAGCUGGCCGUAGUAACAGAAAACCCACAGCUUGCAGAACAGCUCAGGGAGGAACAUGCAAGGUUGUACCAGUCAUCAGUUCCAGUGACCAGUGACCUGUUUCAGAGAAGAGACAGACAUGUUCCACUGUGGGCCAAAAUAGUGACAAAAAUUAUAAAGAAUUUCUUUUGACGGACUACUUUUAAUGUAUUUAUUGACUGGGAAAAAGACCAUAAAGUGUUAUUGUUUUAAA